GAGAGCUGCCUGUUUUCCUGUAAGAGCAUGUAUUCUAGAUGCUUCCCCAGCCCUUCCUUUAUGACUGUUUGACAAUGGAGCAGGAGGCCGUGGCUUUUCCCUGUAUCGGUUGAGCUCGAUCGUGUACAAUCUCCCACCCCCGGAGGUAAAAUCUCGCAGUUUCUUCAGAGUUACUACCGUGAUAUUACAACUUACGGUACGAAUGCUACUAACAAGGACAGCAGCAGCUGCAGCAGCUACAAUUAUUUACGGAACAAUUAUGCCAAGAAACAAUCACUCACCAUCAAAACAAUCCAAGAAGUGGAAUAAGGAGAGUUUAAAGGUUCCUCUCAACUCCAAGAUUUUUGUGAUUCACAGGAAGACUGUCACGUCUAGGUACUCAAAAUGAAGAGCAUAAAAAAAAUCAAGGAAACACUUUUCUUGGCAUGUCAUCUACCUCCCAGGAAGCACAAUGGUUCAAAUACGUCAGUGAAGAGCUACACGAUUUUUAAAGCACUAUACUUUGGAGGCACACAUGGGUGUCACUGGAAAAAAAUCCAGCCCCAUGGAAAGUAGCCAAGCAGAAGCCCUGAAGGCCAGACUCCUCUACCAGGCAGUCUGCUCGGCAGCUCAGCGUCUUGACCUGUUUCUGCAUAAAGGAAAUGCCCACUGAGAGGUGUUGAAGCCACACGUCCUGGCCCUCAGGGAUGCAGUUCAGCAAGUCUGCCUCAGACUCCUGUUCUUGCACCCAGUGUCUUAUGGGAGGAAGGCAGAAGAGCUAUUGUGGAGGAAAAUGUACUCUGCUGUUGUCAUGUUGCUUAUGAAGACCAACAGAAAGCACAAGGACACUGUCGAGCUCUGGAAAGCUCCCUUGUGGGCUCACCUGAAGGGCGGCCUCAAGUCCUGUGAGCAUCUCUUUUUAUUUCUUCAGGGGCACUAUGAAUUGAGGUUACAGAGCUACAUAGAUUGGCCUCAUGGAGAGAUUCACCUGAUCGGCUGCCAGAAAGCAGGACCCACGUCAGAGGAAGAGGCUGCCUGGGCUCGCAUGGCCUGCCAUUGCUGCCUGCUCUACCUGGGAGACUUGUUCCGCUAUCAGAAUGAGUUCCAGGACCUGGCCACUGUGGACUUGGCCGAGAGAUGCUAUUACAGAGCCCUGACUUUGGCCCCAGACAUGGGCAUGCCCUUCAACCAGUUGGGAGCUCUGGCUGGGAGCAAAUACCAUGAUGUUAAGGCCAUCUAUCAGCGCUGCCUCCAUUCAGAAGUGCCUUUUAAGGGGGCAGUGUGGAACCUCGAACAGCUCUAUGAUCAUGCAGGGAAAUGUUACAGCUGUCUCAAAAGGUAUCAGAGAAGGAAACUGUCUUACAGCCAGAGACAGUGUUGGGACAACAAACGGCUGCUGGUUAGCUUCCUCUACCUUCAGAGUCUCCUGCAGCCUCAGCGCAAAUUCAAAGCAGCCAGAUUGACAGCCCUGUGCCAGCUGGUUUUGGAAGAAUUCCUUCUCUGUCUUUCUUAUCAGCCAUGUCCACAUGGUUCGUGCCAGGGUCCCACUGAGGGAAAGCCCCCCAAGGGCUAUUUGAUUCUCCCAGAUGGCCUCUUCUUCCACAUGGUGGUUCUUUGCCUGAUGAAUAUGAACAGGCUGAGGAAAACAGGCUCAAAACAGCACAAACCAGCAGUCCUCUUCACCUUGACCCUUUUCUCUCAUCUAAUUCAACAUGUGAAUAUAAAAAUUCAGAGUGUGCUCCAGUGAGGGAAGCCACAUCCGGAGGUGGCUGUCUGCAGUGAUGGAAGCCAGGAAAAAGAGACUGGAGCGGGGCACCCAGACUUUCCAGCCUCCAGGACUCCCUGCCAUAGGUGGUCCUUUGUCUCCAGUGAAGGUUACAUCUCAGCGGCCAGUUUUCACUCCUGCUGUGACUCGGAUGAAAUGGAGGAGGAAAACGAAUCUUUAAGGUCACAGAUCCACUCAGAAGCGAAUAGUGACACUUCCUGUUCAGAUAUAAGUCAUGAAGAAGGAGGUGGCUUCCUGAAUCCAGAGCCAAUGCCGGAAAGUGGAGCCACACCCAAAGAUGAAGCUGACCAGGCCAAGAAGAAAAUAAAGGCAUGCAAAUCUUCUAAUAGUCUCCUAGAUCUCUUAAAAACAACUAUUUCUGCAAAUGUAUCUGUGCCAUUGGACCAAAAGCUCCAAGGGACAUAUAGCUUGCAUUUGGCUCCUGUCUUCAGUAGCAGCAAAGUGAUGCCUCGAGCUGAGCCUCAACUCUGUCCCUCCAGCAAUGAGGACAAUGUGAACAGCUUCCCAGACACUGAGUUCCACACUGGUUCCUCAGGGGGCAGGGCCCCUCCCUUAGCCUCUCCUAAGCAUCUGCAUCCCAUUGAAAAGAACCUGAAAGUCCUGUCUGCGGAGGGGCGGCUGCCCACCCUCAAGGUGAUUGUAGGCUGGCUCUGUACCAACCACAUCCUCCUCACCUCAUGGCGAUGGAGUCCGCUGAGCCUAAGGAACCACCUGUGUGUGCUGCUCAAUCUGCUACCCUUGGUGGGAGACCUCCAGCAGCCAGGCCUGGGUCUGUUCCACUUCGUGCAUGACCUGCUGUGGAGCUGUCAAGGCCCAGAGAGCCCUACCUUCCCACAGCUCCCUGAGGAUAUUGCUCUAUUCCAGCACUCUCCACCUCAGGCUUCCCAGGUUAGAGUGGGUGCACGGCAGGCUCUGUCUGCACUCAGCACCCAGGAUGAGGCUGCUGUGGGUAUCUGUUUCCUCCAAAGCUUCGGCCACUUUGCCACUAGACUCCCCAGAGACUUCCUGAGGUUUGACUCUAAGUUGGGUGUCUUCAUGAGCAGUACACUUGAAAGACCAGAAGCCCUAUCUGGGCAGCUUCCAGAGAGACCUUCAAGGAUCAGGUUUUUCAAAGAUGUUAUCCAGCUCUGGCUUCAACGUGAAGUGGCACUGCUAGAGAAGACCCUUAGGGACCCCCAGACUCGGUCAGCUUUGACCCCUUACCUGUUCCCUGACCCCAGGGCUCUCUGUGAGCAUCUUUCGGUCAUCCAGCAGCUCACCACCCGUGGGAAAUUUUUCCUCAUCAUACCCAAGUUUGUGGUGGACACUUUGUAUAUCCUAAGGAGAGAGGACCACAGGGCCUUGGCAGCCAUCACUUUUCUGGAGGACGACCUGAAGAGAGGAAACCAGUACAUUCUCUGCCAGUCCUUUGUGUCCAAGAGGUUGGUGAUGCCCAGGAUGACCAGGCCAGAUUCUGAUGCCUGGGACCUCUAUAAUAUUCUUGACUUUUGCAAAGGUCUGCUGGACUCAUCCAGGCCAGGAAUACCUGAUCCCAGCAGCGUGGUGACCGUCAUCACUGAUAUCUGUUUGGACAACCCUAGAAAUUUCUCAUAUCCUCUACAGUUGGUCUUGGGGACAGCAACCGAAGCUGGAAUGGAAAUCAAGAACAUCCUGCACUUCCACAGAGAGUGGAAGCCAAUCAGCUAAUAGGGUUGAAUUUCCAUGGUCACAUCUCUCUUCUUUCUUCACCUUCAGCAUUCAUGGGUCAAACUCUAUAUGUUUCUCUUGUAAGCACCCAAUGUUAAGGUAACCACUGUGUGAGUGUUUGUGUCUACCCACAAGUAGAACUUCAGUGUACCGGCUUCUGGAGGCC